CUGUUAAUUAACAGAGAGAAACUCACAAAGUACCGCGAAACGAAUCAGCUGCUAAACACCAUUUGCUGCCAAAAAAACGCAGAGAUCCCAUCUUUGAAGUGAACCGAUUUCCUCCAAAUUCAGUUUCUUUUUCUGUUUUGUUUUUGUCUAAUUUUGGUGUUGAGAAUGGCGGAAGGCUUUGCAAAGGCGGUGGAAGAGGGGCUAAAUCUAGCGAAACGGGUACACUCGGGUAAAGAUAGAGAACCGAUGGCGGCGCCGAAGCCACCGCAGCCUCCCAUGCAGGCGAUGCCCGAUUGGUACUUGCCCUCGGCUCCGAUGGUGUACGCGGUUAUAUCUGACCCGAGGAUUGUUGACAACCCGGAUAUGCCGAGCUACCAGCCUCACGUGCACGGCAGGUGCGAUCCGCCUGCUUUGAUUCCUCUCCAGAUGAACGGAGUCGAGCUCGAAGUUGAUUGCUAUGUGGAUAUUGCUUUUGUUCAAGUUUCGGGUCGAUGGAGGGUCCAUUGCGUUAUGGGUAGCCGUUCUUGUGAUUGUCGGAUUGCAGUCCCCAUGGGAAACCAGGGUACAAUUCUAGGUGUGGAGGUUGAUCUUCCCGGGAAAUCAUAUUCCACUGGACUGAUCGGAGUAGAAGAAAGUAAGGUUAUUCAGAAGCUAGCAAGACCACAAGAUGGAGGCUUUUUGCAGCCACACAUAUUUACUUUAACCAUACCGCAGGUUGAUGGAGGUACUAAUAUCGGAAUUAAGCUUUGUUGGUCUCAGAAAUUGUCAUACGAGGGGGAAUUUUCUUUAACCGUGCCCUUUAGUUUUCCCGAUUACGUUACGCCGGUUGUGAAUAAGAUUUCAAAAAAAGAAAAGAUACAGUUGAAUGUUAACUCUGGUUUUGCAGCUGGAAUCUUGUGCAGGGCGUCUAGUCAUCCUUUGAAGGAAACAAAACGCCAGGCCGAGAAGUUUUCUUUCUUGUAUGAAGCAGAAGUUAUCACUUGGUCGAAUACCGACUUCAGUUUCUCUUACAGUGUCUCUUCUGGUAACAUAUUCGGAGCAGUCCUUUUGCAAUCUCCGCCUUUAUAUGAUCGUGACCAAAGGGAUAUGUUUUGUGUUUAUCUAUUACCUGGAAGUCAGGAGAGUAGGAAGGUGUUCAAAAAGGCGGUUGUGUUCGUUGUUGAUAUAAGCGACAGCAUGCAAGGGAAGCCACUUGAGGCUACCAAGUCUGCAGUAUCUUCUGCCCUGUCUAAACUCGGUCCGGACGAUUCAUUCAACAUUAUAGCAUUCAGUGGUGAAACUUCUCUAUUUUCAACAGCCAUGGAGUUGGCUUCCGAGGAAGCAAUUGAAAGGGCGACUACUUGGAUGAGCAUGAAAUCUACUAUGGGUGGCUGUACUAAUAUGUCACUUCCACUAGAGAAGGCAUACGAGAUGCUAUCAAACACUACCGGUUCCGUUCCUAUGAUUUUUCUCACCACUGAUGGGGCAGUCGAAGAUGAGAGAAACAUUUGUGACAGGAUGAAAAAGCUUUCGACAAACAAAGGAUCACUGUCGCCACGCAUACAUACUUUCGGCAUAGGUUCGUUCUGUAAUCAUUAUUUCCUGCGCAUGCUUGCCUCGAUCUGCCGGGGAGAUUUCGAUGCCACUUGUGAUCUAGGUUUAAUUGAGGUUCAGAUGCAAAAAUUAUUCAGUAAAGCAUUGUCUACCAUUCUUGCCGAUAUAACCGUCAAUUCAUUCAAUGAUAAUGAACAAAUAGAGUUGUACUCUUCAAGCAUUCCCGAUCUUUCCUUCGAAAGACCGUUGACGGUAUGCGGGAGGUACCGAGGAAGUUUUCCCAACACCCUUGAAGCAAAUGGUAUAUUAGGAGAUUUGAGUAACUUUGUCAUGGGCCUGAAGGUAGUCAGGCCUAAGGACAUACCUCUUGACAGAGUGUUAGCAAGACAGCAGAUUGAUCUACUCACUGCUCAGGCAUGGUUCUCGGAGAAUAAACAGCUUGAGCAAAAGGUUGCACAAUUGAGCAUAGAGACCUGCAAUAUCUCCGAGUAUGCUCGAAUGGUCCUACUUGAAAAAAAUAAACGAGAAAAAGCAAACGAAUCUUCUGGAGAGAUAAAGGCAUCCGGAUUGCUUCAAAGCCUUUCGGUCGGCUUCGGUGACGUGAUCGCAACAGCCGAGAACAUCCAUCCAGGAGCCGAAGAACAAAAACUACCCGAUGCAGCGGAAGCUUUCAUGAAGGCGACUUCGGAUUGCUGCGGACGGAUGUGUAAUCUCUGCUGUUGCAUGUGCUGCAUUCAGUGCUGUUCGAAUAUGAAUAAUCAGUGUGCCAUUUUAUUGACACAGAUAUUCACUGCUUUGGCAUUCAUCGGUUGCCUUGAAUGCUGCACACUGUGCUGUUGUGGACAAAGUGGACAAUAGAAAGCAGUUCUCUGAAAGGACAGCAUCUUUGUAUUCGUAUUUGUAUUCGUGUAUAUCGUGUAUUUGUAUUCGUGUAUAUCGUGUAUUUGAAUGUGUAUAUCGUGUAUUUGUAUUCGUGUAUAUCGUGUAUUUGUAUUCGUGUAUAUCUUUGGUAUAAAGGAAAAGACAUGUUUAUGUA